UCCGGACCCUGGUCAAUUUUGCGCCGAAUAGGCUUGGGGUCGAUUUCCAAAUUUUACGGACUGGGCCGAAACGAUUGGGGCUGAUUUAUUAAGAUGGCUGCUGACAAUCUACUUAAAAGAAAAAAAGAGGAAGAUAAAGUAUAUUUAUUCAGUUGUUUAAAUGAGGCUAAAAUGUACAUUAAAGCUCAUGAAAAUGAAACAAGUAACCGGUAUAUAAUUGGAUACAGUACCAAAAAUUUUGGAAAUUCAGGAUUGUUUUCAGUUGUUACUUCAUCCUCCCAUAAGGUUUGUUGGGUCCAUGGGAUCAACCCUUACAUGUAUGUGAGCCUUGGACAUCAGGUUCUGAAAUGCCACCAUGGUACAGACAAGAAUAGCAAGAAAAAACUGGAAAUGGAAAAGAUGAAGAAAGAUAGCGCUGAGCAGCAUACAUAUGCAAAAAAGAAAACAAGGAAUACAGUAAAGCCAUCCAAAAAAAUGGACUGUCCUGCUGCCAUCAUUAUGAAGGAAGUGUUGAUAUUCUACCCUGAAGAGGGCACAAAUGAGCUUGAUAAAAAGAAAGCUACCUCCAGCGUGAGGAGUGACAUGAGCAAAGGCAUCAAGAAGAUUAUGGUGGUGUUUCCAAACAUCAAACACGAAAACCAUCCUAUAAAAGAGACAAUGAAUAGUGUCAACUCCAAGUGUAGAGCUUAUCAGUGUAAAUACUGCACACACAUUGACCGCAAGGGCAGGAUGGAGGGGCACAUCCUGAAGGUGCAUGUGCCAAUGGACAGAGCCCCUUUUUACUGUACAUUAUGUGAGUUCAGAUGCCAGAAUACGCGUGCUCUGCUGAAGCACAUCACCCAGUACUCUGGGCACGUGUCAGAGGAGCAGAGGUUGGGAAAGCCUGACUAUACACAAGUUCUCCGAAGGGCAAAGCAUCCAUUCUAUGUAACAGAGGCAGAUAUGGUGGCCUUGUCAGCUGAAGAGAGUGGCGUCUGGUUUGACAGGAACAAGUCGCAGUUUGAAGACCUAGAGGAAGAUGAAGAUGAAACUGUCUUCACAGCAGACGGCUCUAUGGUGCCUCUGUGGCUAAUCAAGCCGAUGACAGCGUCAGCAAACCUACCUAAGCCUAGCCUCCACAUCCCGGAAACACCCCGCAAAAAAGAGAGGUCUGGCCAGAUCUUCACGGCUGAACAGGCUUGCAGCAUUCUUGCAUCUCCCCAAAUGUCAGCGCCAUUGGACACAGUGGCAGUUCCUGAAACCUGGCUCUCAGCAGAUUUCCAACAAGAGGUAGUUGACAUGCCAACAUCAGGUCUUCAAACAAAUACGGGUUCUCUGUCAGCAAACGCCCAAAUCACAUCAUCUGAAAUAGCAGUGGAUAACACUUUCCAGCCAGUGCUUGCAUCAACUCGACCAGGAAUGAGGUGCAAAUCAACUCACACACCUGUGCAGGAUGAGGGAGAUCCAGAAAAUCAGUUUAUGGACUUUUUAGGAGACGGAGACGCCACACCAGUGACCCCUCGUGCUUUGAAAAGGCCUCUAACAACACCUUCAGGCCUAGUUCCACAAAAGAUCCAGCGAAUCGAGUCAACAACACAGCAGAGUUGUCCCACAUCAGUGAGCGCUUGCCAGUGUAGCACGGGUAAUGUAUUAAGAUCCAUAGCGAAGGUGGCGGAGGAGGUAGCCAAGAUCUCGAAGCAGCUUGUCAGUAUCCAGGAAGCAAUGGCCAAGGAGAGACGGUCACCACUGAAAAAUAAACAAUGACAUUAAUGAAUAAAUAUACUGUGAAUUUUCAUACAAAAAUGUUUUGUUAUAAACUGUUAAAUAUUUAAUUAAAGUUGAAUGUGUUUA